AUGUUGAUUCAAGCUGGUCUAGAGGUUGAUUACUGGGUAGAUAUCUUGAAGACCAAACUUAAUAUCUCCCUUCCACAGCCAAUUCAGCACCUAGGGGAAACCGACUUGAAAAUUUUAAAUGAUUCUACUAGACACGACUUGGAAAAGAAAGCUUUGAGAAAACUCAUCGGCAUCAAAAGAAAAUCAAAGUCCAUUCAGGGAGAAAAAGAUGUUGAACCAAAUAUUGUUGUAAGAAUGACCGAGGCAGGUUUAGAGGGUGAAUACUGGGCAGAUGUCUUGAGGAAAAAACUAGGUAUUACCCAAAUGGCACAGUCUGCAAAUCUGAAAAUAGAAGACUUCAACAAGCUGAAGGCCGAAGUCAGGUAUGAUUGGGAAGGAAGCGUACUCAAAAAUUUGUUUUGUAGUACUAACGAAGAUAGUAAAGUUUUCAUAGGCGAACUUCAGAAACAUUACACGGAAAAAAAGGAGCAAAUCCAAAAUCAACUAAAAGGUAUGGUCAAAGUCAGGAAGAUAUACAGUAGUCAGGAAGAUAAAGAUCGUACUGAUGAUACGAUGAACCGAAUGGUGGAUCAGUUGAGAGAACUAUUAUUAGUUCCUAAGGAAGAAUGGAUAGAAAAGUAUGAAAGCAAAGGUAUUGAUUAUAUAAUUAGCGAGAUAAGCUCUGACCUUGAGAAAAUUAACAAGCUAAAUGAAGGUAGACCAAAGAAUAGCGCAGCAGAAAUUCUAGAAAAUGCUUCAGCAGGGUUAGCCUUGAAGGGUAUUCUGGUGGGUGAAGCUUUCCGUGGAGAUUUAGUUAAACGGACUGUGCUCAGCACACCUACUAAUGUGUCACUUAAGAAUCCUUUGAUGACGGAAGUUAAGGACGUUGCUACCUUCUCCACCAAAGCAAAAUCUGAUAAUUUUCACUGUUACCUUGAUAAUAUUGGGUACAAUGCUGCUGCUACUAUGAAAGGCAGUGGUUGGGGGUUCAAAGCUGAGGCCAAGUUUUGCGAAAAAUACAAGAAGAGAGAUACACAAGAAUUGGAAUCUCACAAGCAGUCCCAUUUUGAAUCAAAGGUAAUAUAUUCUGUUGUUCCCCUUGCAGCGUGUGAGCUGAAUCUAUAUAGCUUGAAACUCUCCCAACAUGCUCUGCAAGAUCUCAAGGCCAUUGACCGGCUUUUGGUAGGAGGCGAAAACGUAGAAUUCGUGAACAAAAAAUGUGAGGACUUCCUUUUUGCAUAUGGGUCACAUGUCAAUGCCGGGGUUCUUCAUUUUGGUGGGGUUAACAAAUGUGUUGCAACAUACACAAGCGAGACCAAACCCAAAAGGGGUAAAACCAAGUGCUUGGUUCGAGAUGCACUCAGUUCCUACAUUUCAGGCAGCUUUUCCGGCCUUCCAUUCACUGUGGGUGGCUUAGUUAGUGCCCACCAAAUGAAAACACAUGGGAGCUUCAAAGAUGAUUAUGAGAAAUCAGAUCUUGCAAAAAUCACUUUACAACCUUCCAGGAAAGGGGGGCCUGGAGGUGUCAUCGUAUUGGAAAUUUGGAAGAUUGGUCUUGCAACAUGCACUAGUUCCUGGGCACUCAUAGAUAGAGGACUGUCUUUAUUUACUGACUUUGUUGGAAUUUGGAAGCUGAUUUCUAACCACGAGGGUGAUUUCCAGGAACCUUAUGAACUUCAAUCGUGUUUAAGGGCGGUCUGGGAAAGGAUAAGUGGUUACCCAGUAGUCAAUGACAAAGAACGUUCUUUUAUGAAAGGACUUGAAGAAAUGGAGGUAUUAAUAGAAAAUAUUGACAAGUGGAAUUCUUCUCCAAUACUACCAGAAAAGUGUAUUGAAUAUCUUCAAGAGAUGCUGAAAACGGUCGAACGGGUUGGGGUACAGACAGGCACAAACAAAUACUGGGAGCACAAGUUAUGCACUGAAACGAGCAUAAUCCACUUUCUUGGAAAUAUCGUGGAACUGAAAGAUGUGUUUGUUCCAUCGGAUGUGACACUUAUACGGUUUCUUAUAAAGAAGCUAGUCAAUCCUGGUAAAUUCAGAGAAUUCCCUGGCAAACAUAAAAUCAUGGAGUGGGUUAAAUCGACCAGUGUAGAUGCUCCCACUAUACUGGCUAAUGCUAAUGUCAAGAACACACCUGACUUGAUGACGAUUCUAAAGGAAAAUUUUAUUCCGUUACUGCAAGUAGAACAUGCAAAGAAUGUAGAGAAAAAUGUCCAGGUAAUAGAUGGUAUCAAUGCAGGGGCAACAGUAGAUUUCGCACUCUGUGUGGGCCAGCUUCUAGAGGACUUACAGUCAUCUGGGAGAGAACAUGAAAUGUUUUUUCUGAAAAUUGCCCUGUUGUCUAUUCACUACCAUUGGCCUACAAGGAAGUUUGAGACGCUUCUUACAAUGGAGAAGAUACAGGAUUUCGUCCAAUCGAUUGAAGUGUCUUGGAAUGAGUUUCAAGUCCAUAAAGAGAAAGGGAUAAUCCAGUUGGAGGCAUUUCUUAUUCAUACCUCAUUGUCUUCUGGCAACUUUGACAAAGAUAGCAAGGCAUCAGAAAAUUAUUUUUCUGAAAUAAUUAAGGAACUUAGGCAAGUGUUAUCAUUUGAAUUGAACAAGGUCCUUAACAAGUAUGCAACCCAUCCACCGUUUAAUUGGGUUAACAUGAAAAAUGUCACUGGGGAGUUGGCAAGCGGCAACAUGUCCGCUUUUGAAGAAAAGGAAUUGAAUAUCGUUGAUGUAGAAAAUAUUGUGAGUUCUCAAGACGGACAAACUCAAGAUGAAAGACCGGUUAUGAAAACCGAUUCUGGGAACAGAGUGCAAGAAGACUUUUCAGGUAUCCUGCAGUCCUUAGGCUUAGAGAAACACUAUUCAUCUAAGAUUUCUCUUUUGGACGCCAUUGCCAUUAAAAGGGUCACAGAGCAAAUCAAGCUGAUUGAUAUUCCUUGGAUGAUUAUACACAAACUCCUUAUGAUUGAUUUCCAUGCAAGAGAUCAACUUCUGUCAGUGAUAAACAAACCAUCAGGAGAACAAAUGCCAGAUGACGGAGGUUACUGUGACAUUGAAGCUCUCCUGGAAAUGAAUAAUGCUAGUGAUGGUGAGGACAAGCCAGUACAUCUUAGCACUUUGGAUGCGAUUGUGGCCAUAUUCACAUGUUGUGAUAACUUUCUUAAACAAACACUUGCUCAGAAGCUGUUUGUUUGCAAACUUGCUAUUCCCUUCUUGUAUCCUACAGGAUCAGAAGACAAUAUAGGCAUGUCACUGUGGUCACUCAGAACUAUAAUUGUUCAGUGGCACGGUAAGCACAAAGAAGUUUUUGAGACACCAGUGACAGAAAAACCUUUUCCCUUGGUGUCAUUUGUAAGACUGGGCAGACCACCACUAUCUAAGUCCAAGCUGAUGAAUGAUAUUCUUAGGGAUGACGGUCAUGACACCUUCUUCCAUCAUGAUUGUGACAAUGGUGCCACAGCAAGGAGUAUUACUAAUGGUCUUGUGGAAUGUUCUUGGUUCAUAACAGCGGGCAAGGAGAAAGAACAUCUUCCAAGCACAACAAUGUUUCUCAAUUUGAGAGGUGAUGCCUCAUAUACGAAGAAGCAGUUGGAAAUUUUACAGGAAAUUUCGCAUGUGCUGUUUGUCAUAGUCAGUGCUCAAGACCUGGCAAAAUCCCCCCACACCGAGACAUGCCAACACAUUUUGAAGACAGGUGAUAAAGUCAUACUCCUUUUGGUAAAUGAACAAAACAAACAGAUCCUCGGCGAAAUACGAAAAUGUCAUGAGGCGGUUGGCAAGGAUAUUUUGAAAAGGGUUCCUACUAUUUUAUCCUGUACUCUGAAAGGUGUAAAAAAAAAUGCCAGUGAGCUCAAGACUGAAGCUAGGGGAAAUCUGAGAGAGGCUCUUAAUGGGUGUUCUGGCAAAAUGAUCGAAGAUUGCGCUAAAAGUGCAAAGAAAAUGGGAGUCGCCGUCGAUGAGUAUGAGGAUGAGGCCUGUCUUAAAGGUAAGGCUCUUGCAGAAUAUGUUAUUAGUCACAUUGCAGAUGAAGACAUUAAGGACUGCAAAGCAAUGUUUCUUCCGUUGCAAGGGGUUGAAUGGAUAGAGUACUGCAAGCUGCUAAAGAAACACCAUCGAGCAAGUGGAAAGGGCUCGCAAUCAACGUCAGCAUACCAAGCCAGUAGAGUGAAACAAGACAUGAACCGUCUUCGUAAAAAGCAGAUGCAAAUAUGCAACAGACUCACUCCAUUCAUCAAAGACUUUAUGUCAAAUCUAAAAAGUAACGCAGAUGUGGUUAUGUAUUUCCUGAAGUGGAUGAACCUAUCCUUAGAUGAAAAAUCGCGAGCUAACUUGCCAGGCCUGCGCAGGCUUUACCAGAAGACAUGGUCACAGUUUCAGGAGGCAAAACAAGACGAUGACAGGACAACUGUACAAAGCUUGAAAUUGGAAGUGGAUGAUAGAGAGAAUCAGCUUUCCAGUGCUUCGCUUGGGCUAGAAAAUCUUUUCAGAGAGCUAGGCCAGCUUUACGAAGCGGUAGAUGUGGGCAGCAACGUAGCAAAAGCCACCAGGGCAGCUUUGGAGUUUCUGCCAGAAAAAGCUGCUGAAUUACUGUUAAAGGGAAUCCCCUUAGAGUUGGUAGAUGGAGAUGCAUCAAGCGUUCCUAUUGCGUGGGUCAGAGCAGUGCUGAAUAAGCUAGAAAACCUUCUUGGCGAAAAAAAAAUAUUUGUUCUCUCAGUCUUGGGUAUCCAGAGCUCUGGGAAAUCUACACUUUUGAACACCAUGUUCGGGUUGCAGUUCGCCGUCAGUGCAGGCAGGUGCACGAGGGGGGCAUACAUGCAAAUCAUCCCUGUCGAUGGGGACGCUAAUCUGCCAUUUGAUUACGUGGCUGUUGUAGAUACGGAGGGACUUCGAGCACCAGAAUUAGGACAACUUAAGUAUGAGCAUGAUAAUGAACUUGCAACUCUUGUGAUUGGUCUGGGAGACGUAACCUUGAUUAACAUCAAAGGAGAAAAUACAGCCGAAAUGAAAGACAUUCUCCAGAUUGCAGUGCAUGCAUUUCUAAGGAUGAAUCUUGUCAGCAAGCACAUCCGCGACAACAGAACUUGCAUCUUUGUCCACCAGAAUGUCCCGGCAACCAAUGCAAAAGAACUGAUGAUGCAUGGAUGCCAGAAACUACAGGAGAACUUGGAUGAUAUGACCAAAGAAGCAGCCCUCAGUGAAAGCAUAGCGGACAUUCACAGUUUCUCCCAGAUUAUUAACUUCGAUGUCCAAAAGCACGUCUGGUACUUCUCUGAUCUUUGGCUUGGUGAUCCACCCAUGGCACCUGCAAAUCCUGGCUAUAGUGAAAAGGUAGAUUCAGUCAGAGCUAAUAUUUUAGGAGAAAUAUCAAAAGGUAAGACAUUUAUGAAAGCUUCAGAGUUGGCAAUUCGCCUCGCUGAUCUAUGGAAUGGGGUUCUUGCCGAUGACUUUGUCUUUAGCUUCCGUAACAGCCUUGAAGUGAGAGCAUACAACAGAUUGCAAACCAAAUACUACAACUUGGAAUGGGAAUUGCAAAACAAAACGAAAUCUUGGUCACACGGUGCAGAGAUCACAUUGAAGAGAUGUGAAACUAUCGAUGGCCUACAGGAAUCUUAUCACCUCCUUAACGACGAACUAUCAGAGGUUGUGAAUGAAAAGGCUGAUGAAAUCAAGAUUUGUCUGAAUAGUUACUUUGAGAACUGUGACCUGCAGGAAAUAAUCAUUCAGUGGCAAGAUUCGAAGCUUAACCAACUAAAAUUGGCAGUUGAGCUACAAGUAAGUGAGGGCAGGGCAGAUCUGCUUUCAGUGAAAGAAGCACGAGAAAUAGAAAUCAUACAGGCUCAAAAGUGGUCAAGCCAUGAGAUACAUAUCAUGAACGAAGCAGUUGAACUGGCAGAUAAACUGAAAGGCAAUGAAGCGAAUGAUGCAGAACUAGAAAAGCAGUUUGAAACAAUGUGGGUGUCAAUGGUGAACGAGCUUGCCACAAAAACCAAAGACAAGGAACUGAAUAUUGUUUGUGUGAUUGAGGAUAUUCUCCGCCGUAGUUUCCAUGCCCAUAGGAGCCUUCUACGAGAGGAGCUUAGGCGCAAUCCUCUACAUAUUCCACUUGAGCAGACAUUACGGGAAGAUGUUGUCGCUGUAGAUUUCGUAAGAAAAGACCACAUCAGUUUGAAAAGAAGCAUCAGUAAGAUAAGUUAUAAGUACCUAACUGGUUUCGAUCAGCAAGAAUUGGAUGCCAGAAAUACCACACUGGUAAUGACAAACAGCAUACUGGCAGAAAUAAGGACGUACUUAGAAGGUUUCUCUAAUCAUGACGUGAAAUUCAAAAAGUCUUAUGCCACAGAAGUCAUACGAAAAAUCACGGAUAAGAUUGAGACUCACAAUAUUUCUGAUGACUUCAAGUUUACGAUUCGACCUGAAUAUACUGUUAAACUGGCAGUUUAUGUAAGCCGUCACUGUGUCCAGGUUUUCACCUCAAUGCAAUCAUUAUAUAAUAGGAAACAUGGCGUUAAGGCCAAGCUACAAGACUACAAGAAAACUGCCUGGAGUCUUUUCAAGAACAAGGUAAAACAGAGCACAGAAGAAGUCAUGGCAGGUGAGCUACUAUGCACUCGCUUGAAGGGAAUUGUUAAGGAGGCAGUAAAGAAGGCAAUUCCAAGAAAAUGCACCGAAGAAGUUCUCAUGGAUUUUCAGAUGACGAAAUACUACCUGAUGGUGAAAAUGAUGGAUGACCUGGCCGUGAAAGCAAACUUCAAGGAAUAUAUGUCUUACAUCCGCAAUGCCAAAAAGUUUGCAUCAAAAUGGAUCACCCAGUACACAAAUGAAAAGAUGUUUUCGAGACAUCUUGGAAUGUCCAGAUAUUCAGAAAUAGCCAAGAGUCAUACUUCGAAAAUUAUGCAGUGUGUCAGAAAAAGCGUUCAUCAUGCAACAACUAAGGUUAUGGGACUGAAGGGGAUUAGAAUGGCACUGUGGAUUGAACAGUUCUGUCAUAGAGCGUCGGAGGAAUUAGCCGUACCAGUCAGUACACUAACCAUAGUGAGUGAGAGAGCGGUGGGGGAUUUCAACAAUCUCCAACGGAUCAUUCUGGAGCAGCUGGAUAACAUUCAGGAAGAUCUUGAAGAGGAAUUUGCCAAUGAGACAAAAUGCUCUGUUGAUUGGGAUGGAACGCCUCCGCCACAGCAAGUUCUAAACAAGAUCUGGGGUUGUCAAGAACAGUGCCCGUUCUGUAAGGAGCCCUGUGCAGACACCACACCUGACCAUUAUGAAUUAUCUGGGAGAAGUCACAUGUGUAUGCAGCAUAGACCAAAUGGAAUUGGAGGUACUAAAUGGCAUAGCAAAGGUGAGAUGGAUGGGGUAGAUCACUCUAGACGGCAGCUGAAACAUGAAACAUGCAACUUCGAUAUACAGCGUAAUUUAGCAUUCAAAUGCACUUUGGUUAACUACAGAUGCAGAAAAUCUGGAAAAUGUUCAACUACUGGCGACGAAUUUGUCUGGCAUAACAUUAAAGAAUACAAAACUUACUUGCCCGAUUGGGACAUAGCUCCUAAUACCACUAACGACGUAUCCAAGUAUUGGAUGUGGUUUAUGGUGACCUACCAACACCAACUAAAGGAUAGGUAUCACGCAAAAUUACCUGACAUACCAGAAGAUUGGAUGGCAAUAACAAAGAAGGAGGCAUUGACUGACCUGCGUAAAAUCCACCAUUAG